GAUGUUUGGCAACCAUUCGAGCUCCUCUUCCUUCGGCUGAGAAAUCGUCCCAUCAAACACUAUGCAGUGAUAAAUACCUCCAUUUUUCCCUAAAGAAGCUGACAGAGUUAAUUAUUUACCACUUACAAAAUGAAUGCACAAGCCAUCAAGGAAAUUAAGGAGAUAAAUGCACAGCAUGCCAAGGAGGCGAAGGUGAACACAGUAGACAUCCGGUCAUCUGCGGGGCAAGGCCAAGAACAAAGGAAUGUGCAGGUGGUUCACCAGCCACAUCCCUCCGCCAAGACAAAUACCAGCGGCGGAGUCCUGACUACUGCUGCAGCUGCGGUGGCAAACACCCUUCAAUCCGCCAAGGAUGCCAUCUCCAAAAAUGACUAGCGCAUUACAUUUCGGAUAUCAAGACGUAUAUGAUCACAGAUUUUGUCAUGAAUUGUCUAUGAGUAUUACUAAAAAUUGUAAAAAGAGUUCGUCCCCUUUUUAAUUGGCAAUUUUGAUUUGUCAUCUGUACAAUGAAAAUGUUAUGAUAUGCAUGUAUGAUAUUGUUUUGGAUUAGAUUUCAUGGUUUCCCACAAUACUUUAAUCAGUUUCAGGCAAUGCUAACAAAUUUGUUACUCUCCUUGGAAGCUUUCACAUUCCGUCGAGAACACGUUUUCAAUAAUUUGUUGUUCGGAAUUGUGAAUCAAAUACAAUCAGAUCCCGCUACGCUCAAAACACGAGCACUUCGGGGUAGAAUAUCUUGUCAUAUGGCAGAUACUGUCCGGUAAAAAUCUGUCGUAUGGACGAUAUUUGAUCAACCCUAAAUUCUACUAAGGCAUGCAUGUAACACCAGCCUGUUAUUUUCUUACGACGUUCCCCAUGAUGGACGAUAUUCGAUCAACAAAUCCUAUGUACAUUCUUUUUCCCGCCAACUUGCGACGU